AUGAAAGAUCAUAAUUUCCAUGUGGCCACAAGUAUCGCAAAGGGUCUUGAAGAACGGUUUCAUGUGGCAUUUCAUGAACCCUAUAUCAAACCUUUACUUGAAAAUGAAUGGGAAACAUAUUUGUGGGAAAGAAAAAUGGAGCUCAGAGGUGAAGUGUGGCAGUUCUCAAGCAAUGUGAUGUGUUUUCUAAAUGAAAAACUUCUGGGGACUGAAACAGAUUUCUCCAGUUGGGCAAAGGAGAAGUGGGAUUUCACAGUAGUUCAACCAUCAACUUUUUAUAUGGAUCUCGCUGAAGACUACUACUGUAAAUACCUGCAAAAUACAGGGCAUCAGUUUGUGUUCAUGGAUAUGGAAAUAGCAGGAGAAAAGGUUGGCAGGCUGUUGUUUCAGCUGUUCACAGAUGUGUGCCCAAAGACAACAAAGAACUUUGAAGCUCUGUGCACAGGAGAGCAGGGUUUGACCGCGAGCGGACUACCACUAUGCUACAAGGGUACUGUGUUCCAUCGGGUGGUGCCAAACGGCUGGGUUCAAGGUGGAGAUAUAUCUCCAAAACAUAGAGGCGAUGGAGGCGAGUCAAUCUAUGGACCAACAUUUGAGGAUGAGAGUUUUGACGUCCCUCACUCUAAACGGGGCAUUUUAGGAAUGGCCAAUAAAGGUCCACACAGUAAUGGAUCUCAGUUCUAUAUUACUCUGCAGCCAACGCCUUGGAUGGAUAAAACAUAUGUAGCAUUUGGUCAAUUGGUUGAAGUUUUGCUGUUGUUUGGCGCAUCUAUCGCGGCAGAAUCAGAUGAAUGUCCUCCUAUCAAAGAUUGUGAGAGAUGUGAAGCCAAUAGUCUGUGUCAAUGGGCUAAUUGUUCUUUAGUAAUUGGCUGCGUCAACAGGACUGAGGCUGAAGAUAAUUGUUUGAAUGCUACCUGCUCAGGUCCCGCCUUGACUACCCCCAAGGUUUUCCCUUUUCCCACGACUGCCCCAGUCUCUACCACUCAUGUCACCACUACUAACACAACAGAUAACUCCACUGUUCCGACCAUGACUCCAACUAAUAGCACCACCACAACCCCGGCUGCUCCCUCCACAUCUACAACCGCUCCCAUAAAUGGAACGACAAGCCUCAUCCCGACCGCGGAGCCCCAUCAUAACACUUUCGACGCAGCAAGCUUCAUCGGAGGGAUAGUCCUGGUCCUCGGUCUUCAAGCUGUCAUUUUCUUCCUGUACAAAUUCUGCAAAUCAAAGGAGCGCAACUACCACACCCUUUGA